CAACAACGGAGACCUUGUCAACUUCCUGGAACCACCCGUCCAUCUCACCUCAUUAUUGACCCAACACCUACCAACACCUAGGACGCAGUUUUACGCGAUUCUGACUUUAUUUAUGACUGGGGUCAAACUUUUCAGCCAUCGGCUUUUUGCUUCCUUGGAAGAGGCAAGUCCCGCAGGCCAACCAGUGCAAUCCUUUUUCCACAGAUGUGAUUGAGCCGUUUACUCCACGUUUCUCUUACUUUUUCCCCUCUCGGGCGAAUAAUUGUCCUGCACCGCAGCGGGCAGGCAGAAGCUACACACCCUUCCCAUCAUGGCUUCAGAUUCAGAGAGCAACAAUGAGCUUGCGUACCUCAGCCCAGAUUUUGAUCUUACUUCCCUAACUGUUCCGCGCAUCCGCUCGAUACUCGUUAACCAUGAUGUUUCCUACCCUGCCUCUGCGAAAAAGGCACAGCUUAUUGAAAUUCUGGAAAACGAAGUGCUCCCACAUGCUAAAAAAUUGCUACGGGAGCGUGACCGAGUGAGGAGAACUAGUAAUGGCAUUACCAACAUGCCUAGAAAUGGAGCAUCAUUGGAGGGCAAGGAUGCGGAUCAGGGCAGAGAAUCAAUUGCCCCACCAUCUACGCCGGCUACAUCGCGGAGGGGUAGAUCUAGAACCAGCACGAGGGCAUCGACAGCUGAGACAGACGAAAGUGCUCUUUCGCACCGACCACCACAUUCGACUUCUAGAAGACAGAGGACAACGGCAAAACACCCCCGGCAAUCCGAUACCGAAACGGGGGAAGACCUGGGCUCAAUAGAAGAAACACCACGGAGAUCUACAUCUCGGAAAACGCGGAAGAGCGAAACACCCUCCACUCCUCGAGCCUCAGCGGCCUCUGAAAUUUUACCUACUCCAUCCAAACACAAGGUUCGAGACGAGGGUGUUUUCACUGACGAUAAUCCCUUCCAGAGUGGAAGCUCUCCGAUAGAAGCCGAACACCAUGCUCGUGCUAGGACAGUAAGUAUUGAGCGAAAGCGCAGAAGCAGCACAAGGUAUUCAACUGAGCCUCCAGACACUUAUGGCCGGAGAAUGAGAAAAACGGAGCCGGUGAAAGUAAAGCAAGAGGAGGAUGUGGAGGUUCCAUCAAAGCCAACAUUUGAAGUGAAUGUUCCUCGAUUCUCAACUCCGAAGGUUGAAGAAUCGGAUGAAGAUGGCGUUUUAGAGCCUGGAGAAGAGUUUACUCCUGAUGAGUGGCAAUCUUUGGCCGAAGAGCAGGCAGCAGCCAAAGGGGGCCGGACCUCCGUUAUCCGACGGCGACAAGCGCGGAAACAGGGAAAGCUCAGUCAAGCUGCCCCGUGGAUGGUGAUCUUUUCGCUGCUGGGUGGAUUUGGUGUAUGGUGGCGCAAGGAGAAAAUUGAGAUUGGCUAUUGCGGCGUAGGGAAGCCUCACUGGUCGCUAGCCGAUACCAAAGUGCCAGAGUGGGCGGAGGUUUUGGAACCAAAGUGUGAACCUUGCCCUCCGCAUGCAUUUUGCUACCCAGAGUUUGAUGUUAGAUGCGAGCAAGAUUUCGUUCUGAAACCACACCCCUUGUCUCUUGGAGGUUUAGUUCCGCUCCCACCCACCUGCGAGCCUGAUGGGGAGAAAGUUCGUCGCAUAAAAUCGGUUGCUGAUAGAGCUAUUGAUGCGCUGAGAGAGCGAAGGGCAAAGUGGGAAUGCGGCGAACCGGACAAAGCGGAUGGAACUGAAGUACCGUCUCCGGGGAUGACCGCAUCUGAGCUUAAGGAUGAGCUGAACAAGAAAAAGAGAAAGGGAAUGAGUGAGGAGGAGUUCGAGGAGCUUUGGAGAGGAGCUAUUGGUGAAAUAACGAGUCGUGACGAGAUUGUCACUUCUACCCAAAGCACCCCUCACGAAAACACAGCCCGUCCGACAGCGUCACAUACACUUCAACAUCACUCUCCCAUCUCUCACUCAGCUGCGCCUUCCGACGGCAUCUACGCCUCUCUCUCUUCGCGUAUCGAUUCCCUAUUUUCUUUCUAGUUCUCCUGGUCGCUGUAGCGGCAUAUGCACGUUCGAAGGUGCUUGCGCGCCGCUCCGACGCUGCGCGCAUCCCUUCGCUAGUGAAUAUGACCCUAGACCGCCUCGCGACGCAGGCGGCGUUGCAUGCUCGCGGCGAGGCUCUAGAAUCGUGGAUUUCUAUUGGCCAGUUGCGCGAUGACGUGCUGCGGGAUGAGUUGAAGGGUAGUAGACGGGAGAGGUUGUGGAAGCGGGUGCGGAGCUUCGUGGAAGGGAAUGCGAAUGUUCGCGCGUCGGUAAGGGAGGGGCGAGCGGGAGAUGUAUCAAGGGUUUGGGAGUGGGUCGGGGGGAUUGGGGGUGUUGGUGGGGAUAGUGCUGUGAAGAAAAGGAGGGAGAGUAGUGUUGGUGCUAAAGUACGCUUUUCUUUGUCUUCAGAAGAAACGAGUGGAGUUGUCGGGGAAGCUCAUCAGGGGAAGGAUGGUGCAGCCACCAUUGGUGGGCAUGGUGGUAUUAGGGAGAUGAGGAAGUGGGACGAAGGGCGGCCUGUCUAUUGAUUCUACUGAUUUUUUUAAUAUUUUUUUGUAUAAUUCCUCUUUUUU